CCCGCGUGAUGCAUUCUGGGAACACGAAACACCGCCAUCUUGUUUGUUGGCGAAGACAGAAGACAAGAGAAAUUUUUCACGACGUAUUUGUGAUCUGUUGACCGCCAAUAUGCCGGAAAGAGAAGGAGAGAUGGCGUUCUCCAACCCCCUCCCUCCGGAGGCGAUGGAGGAUGACGGCGAUCACGAUCACGAGCCGGCGCUCACCAACGAGGACUUCCGUCGCCUGCUGAUGACCCCUCGCGACGCGCCCAACUCCGCUCCACCCUCCUCCUCCAGUAGUGCUGCUGUCAGACAGGACAGAGACUUGGGUGACCAGUACAAUGAGGACAUGGAUCCUAAUGAGAGACGCAGGAGAAAGAAGCGUUACUAUGCCAACCUGAAGAAACAAGAGGAGGACAAACUGGCUGAACUGGCCAAGAAGUACAGGGACAGGGCAAAGGAGCGUAGAGAAGGCACCAACAAAGACUAUGAGGAGACAGAGAUGGUCAGCACCACCACUAACUACAGGGCAGUGGCUCCUAGUGCACAGCCGGUUGACACUGCAGAGCGACGUCGUCAGUUGAUCCAAGAGUCCAAGUUCUUGGGAGGUGACAUGGAACAUACCCAUUUGGUGAAAGGGCUGGACUAUGCCCUACUGCAGAAGGUUCGCAGUGAAAUCGCAACAAAGGAGCGUGAAGAUGAUGAUCUGGACACCAUCGUUCUGGAGAAGAAGAAGGAGGAGGAAGAGGAGGAGAUGCAGUUCAAGACACGGAUGGCCCGCAGUGUGUACCGUACCCUGUUCAAGAUUAAACCCCCUGAGCGGAAUGAGCUGUUCCUGCCGGGGCGGAUGGCGUACGUGAUAGAUCUGGAGGAUGAGUACACGGACACAGACGUGCCCACAACGCUCAUCAGGAGCAAGGCAGACUGUCCCAGUCUGGAGUCCCAGACAACCCUGACAACUAAUGACAUUGUGAUCAACAAGCUGACCCAGAUCCUGUCCUACCUCAGACAGGGUGUCAGGGGCAAGAAACUCAAGAAGAAGGACAAAGGUAAGGGACGAGAGGAGAAGCCCCACAGACUGCCAGGUGGAGAUGAUAUCUUCGGCGACGUGGGAGACUACAUCCCUCAGGUCCACAAGUCUAAAGACAGGCACUCACACAGCCACUCACACGAGAAGAAAAGGUCCAGCUACUUCGAGAAGCCUAGGACUGAGGAUGAGCCUUCUCUCAUGGAUGUCAACAAGCCACCGUCCUCAGCCAAGGAACUGGUCAAGAAUAUCAACGAGAAGUUCAGGGAUAAGGCUGAUAAAAUGGACUGGAGUGAGUCCAUGGUCCAUGCUGAACAGGAGCAUCAGAAGAGGGAACGUAAGAAGAAGAUGGACAUGGCCUUCCAGCCUGACAGCUAUGCUGAGUGUUAUCCAGGAAUGGGAGAGAUCCUGGGUGGGGAUGACAGUGAUGAUGAAGUGGACUAUACCAAGAUGGACCAGGGGAACAAAAAGGGGCCCAUCGGACGCUGGGACUUCGACACCCAGGAGGAAUAUAGCGAGUACAUGAGCAACAAGGAGGCACUGCCAAAGGCGGCAUUCCAGUAUGGCAUCAAGAUGGCGGAUGGACGGAAGACGAGAAGAGCGGGUCCCAAGGACGAGAUGAAAGAACUCGAUCGCGAGUGGAAGAAAAUCCAAAACAUCAUAGAAAAGAGGAAGACAAAAUCUGGAGGAGGAGCAUCAUCAUCAUCAGCUUCCCGGGAUGAGGAACCAGACUACAAAAGACCUCGAUACUGAAGUUUAAGUAAAGCAGUCAACAUCAGUAUCUUGUAUCAUGUUAAGUACAUGUACAUUAGUUGCCUGUCUGAAAACAACAACACUAACUAUUGAAUCCAGAGAAAGAUAGUCACUACAGACAUUGAAUAUGCUGUAGUUAGACUAUGAUAAAGCCUAGCAAGGCUAGUAAGUCAAACAGAGCUUACAUCUGUACAGUAUGUACAUUUUAGUCCUUAGUAAUGUUCAUUCUUGUUGGCACUUGUUUUCCACUAUCACUGCCUUUGCGCUAAUUCAAAAACAUACCACAACGAUUGUGGUAUGCCAAAAAGCAGUUACUCAAGCAAUUGGAUAUGGCGUAUCAUAUUACCUGAAUGUCUAACCCUCAUCUACAGAUUGUGGUAUGACACAACUACUACAAGAUAAAGUUUUGUGAAUGACUGAUCAAAUACCUGUUGCUUUAACACCAUAAGUUUCAGUUACAGUAACAUACUAAGUUAAUAUGUUGUUCAGUUUCACCCAUUGAACCAGAUUCCUGCAUACUUCAAUCACAAUGAAGAUGCCACAAGUCUAGUGUAACAGUGUCUUAUAGUGUGAUAAUAGCUCAAUGUAAAACUUCACUUCUUGGCAAGUGGACAGUUACUGCCUGCAGCAAUUGUACUGUUAGAUAUACCAGUUGUAAUAGACUUACAUCUCUCAUACGUUAUGAUUUCUGCAGACUCAAGUGAAGUGUUGUUUUUUCUAAGGUAAAUGGUUACAGGUGUAUUCUGUAAUUGCUUCUCUGUUAAAAGCAGCAGCUAUAUA